AAAAAAAAAAAAGGAAGUGGUGGGUUCCCUUCUUCAAUGUUCAUCUCAAUUGAUUGACACGCCUAACCGUAGAAAAGUGCUUCUUCCUCUCUUUUUUUCUCGUCUUCUAAUAAGAAAUCAAAUCGAAGAAACGCUUCUUUAGAAUCAAAAACAAUCAUGAGCAACGAGUACGAUUACCUGUUCAAGCUUUUGUUGAUCGGUGACUCUUCUGUUGGAAAAUCUUGUCUUCUUCUUCGAUUCGCUGAUGAUGCUUACAUUGACAGUUACAUAAGUACCAUUGGUGUUGACUUCAAAAUUAGAACGAUUGAGCAAGAUGGGAAGACCAUUAAGCUGCAAAUUUGGGAUACUGCUGGACAGGAGCGUUUCAGGACCAUCACUAGCUCCUACUACAGAGGAGCUCAUGGCAUCAUUAUUGUGUAUGACUGUACUGAGAUGGAAAGCUUCAACAAUGUGAAGCAGUGGUUGAGUGAGAUCGAUAGAUAUGCCAAUGAGAGUGUAUGCAAGCUUUUAAUCGGUAACAAGAAUGAUAUGGUUGAAAGCAAAGUUGUUUCCACCGAAACUGGAAAGGCGUUAGCAGAUGAGCUCGGAAUUCCCUUUCUUGAGACCAGUGCUAAGGAAUCUAACAACGUCGAACAAGCAUUCUUAACUAUUGCUGGCGAGAUCAAGAAGAAAAUGGGAAGCCAAACGAAUGCGAACAAGACAUCUGGUCCUGGAACAGUCCAAAUGAAAGGUCAGCCAAUCCAACAGAACAGUGGCGGCGGUUGCUGCAGUCAGUAGUUAAUAUAAGAAAGUACUAUUAUCAAAACUAUCUAAGACUCUUUUUUCCCCCUUUUUACUACGCGUUGUGAAAACCAAUGGCUGCUGUCUAAAACAUCUGAAAACUGUAAUAUGUCAUGUCACUGUCCGAAUAAGCUUUGGUGUUAAUUGCAAGAUCCUUCGUCUUUAAUA